UUAUUCGGCCAUAUUUUUACAUCAUGAAAUACGGGAAAUAUACACGGAAAUGCAUCCAUCCUCGUUCGGUAGACGUGACCCAUCCAGCAAAAUCGUAUGUUCAACAGUCUAAAAAGGAAGGAGGCUGCUAAAAUGUUGUAUGUAGAGACCACUCCAUUCCAUGUCUCAUGCAAGUAGCAACCAUGGAAGAAACCAUGAUGUCUUCUACCCCAAGGAAGCGCCCAAAACUAAAACCCAAACCCAAUGUUAAACCUUCUCCUCCUCCUUCAGAUUCUUCGCUGAAGUCUCUGAUCGAACCCCCACACAAUUUAUUCCCCUCGAGGGACGAGUUCCCGAGGCUCAUGGCUGUGCUCGGCAUCGCAACCUUCGUCGCUUUAGCCUCCAACUUCUUGGCCACCAGUUUCAUCAACCGCCAACCCAAGCCCUUCUGCGAUAAUCUCGACUUAGACUCCCCUGAUUCAGUCUCCGAUUUCUGUGAGCCUUGUCCAAGUAAUGGAGAAUGUUAUAAAGGCAAGUUGGAAUGUGUUCGUGGUUAUAGAAAGCAUGGGAGGUUAUGUGUAGAAGAUGGAGAUAUUAAUGAAACAGCUAAGAAACUUUCAGAGUGGAUAGAAAUCCGUCUUUGUGAAGCGCACGCUCAAUUUUUGUGUGAUGGAAUUGGAACAGUUUGGGUAAGAGAGGAUGAUUUAUGGAAAGAAUUAAAUGGACACGAACUGAUGAAAAAUGUUGUCCUGGACAAUGCUACCUAUAUGUAUACAAAACAAAGGGCAAUGGAUGCUGUUGGCAGAUUGUUGGAGACAAGGACCAAUCUUCAUGGGAUCAAAGAUUUGAAGUGCCCAGACUUGCUAGCUGAGCGUUACAAGCCAUUUUCUUGUCGCAUUCAUCAGUGGUUCUCUAAGCACAUUCUUAUCAUUUUUCCAGUUUGUGCACUGGUUGUUGGAUGCACAUUGUUGCUUCUAAAAGUUCUUCGUAGACGAUAUCUAUCAAGCAGAGCUGAAGAGCUAUACCACCAGGUUUGUGAAGUACUUGAGGAAAAUGCAUUGAUGUCAAAGAGAGUAAAUGGAGAAUGUGAUCCUUGGGUUGUUGCUUCUAGGUUACGAGAUCAUCUUCUUUUGCCAAGAGAGAGGAAGGACCCUGUGCUAUGGAAAAAGGUAGAAGAAUUGGUUCAGGAAGAUUCUCGAGUAGAUCGUUAUCCGAAGCUGGUGAAGGCUGAAUCCAAAGUAGUCUGGGAAUGGCAAGUUGAAGGCUCUUUAAGCUCUGCAAGGAUGAGAAAAAAAGUAGAGGCAAGCAAACUGAAGUCCAAUGAAGGAAUUUACAUAAAUUCUGAGCAACGACAGCACACGUUGAAGGCUGAGCCAAAGGCGCUGAUUUUUUGAUAUGGGCUUGGGGUUCUCUCCCCACCGAAUGCUGAAACAAGUAGGACCCAACCAAGGUCUUUUGUAAUUUCAAGUUUAGCUCUUUGUUUUGUACUUUAUAGGGGGAUUGAAUGAGAUGUCUCACCGAUGGAAAUGUUGGGACCUCCUAUUGGAAGAAUAUAGAAAUUGUAUCAUGUUUAGAGGUAAUUUCAGGCGGUCCAGUUAUGUCUUGUACAUCUGUGCUCUGUUUGGAACCUUUGAAUAAUGAUUGAAUACAAGUUAUGUACAUC